CUCCUAUUACCCUUCUAAACACAUAAAGUUCCCCUAUUAUAUUCCCUUUAACGUAGGAAGCCGAUACGGUCCUCCGUUUUGGUAGACUGGAGGUGCACGUCGAAGGCGAAAGGCAAUCGAUUUCUUCCAUCCGGAUUCUUCGAGAGAGGAUCAAUAUGUCUACAUCAAAGCCCACAUGGGUACAUUCCAUUGACUGCUCUGCAGGUCCUUUGACUUCUCAAAAGCCACGCCAGUAUAGACCUGCCAUCCUACGACUCCCAAGCCUCAUCGUUGUUGGCUUCUUCGCCGCGGCUUCGGUCGGCCUUCUCGAGUAUGCCGUUCGCGAACUUCCAACUGCUCGAAAGGGCUAUAGCAUGGAACUGAACCUGGAUGUCGUUAUACGUCGCCAGGCCAAUGAAACUGAUCCACCUACAUCGACCAUUGACUACACAACCGAUCCUGGAGCAUAUGUUCCUCUCUCAACCACCAGGCAGACUGCUCCAGGUGCAUAUGUUCCUCUCUCAACCACCACGCAGACUGCUCCAGGUGCAUACGUUCCCCUCUUAAGCAGUGUCACCUUCCCCGCCAUGCCUUCAGGUGCAUACGUGCCGACCGUCAGCACCACAGGAUCGACCCUUUCAACCUUUCAAACUACGGUCUGGUCAACGACUACAGAUACUCUUGGAAGGACGAGUUCAGUCCUGGCCUCGAAAAUAAUUACGACAGCCAUUCCGUUGACUACUACGCUAGUUGCAGAGAAUCCGCAUGGCCAGGCUACAUGGCCAGCGUGGCGGAUAUUCGUUGGGAACUACCUCCCCGUGUUCAUUGCUACCAUUUUUGAAAUCGUUUGGACGGCUAUAUUUGCAAAAGUCAAGCUGAUCACACCCUUUAUCGCUUUGGCAGCCGGACGAGGGGCAGUCCUGAAGGAUACCCUGAUACCGUACUUCGUAUCAACCAACUUAAUGCCUCUCUCGAUCCUUUCUUUGUUCAAGGGAAACUGGAUCAUGCUAUCGACCUCAAUUGCCUACACGGUGGUGUCACUCCUUCCAGCUCUCGCAUCAGAGAGUAUAUUUUUGAAUACUCAUUAUGACUGUCCCAUCCCUAACCUCGAACACGGAGGUGUGAAUCCAUGCUGGCCUCCACGCUUAUCUGCUGAGCCCGUGAUCAUCAGGAUCAUCCAAUCUCUUCUUACCUUUAUUGCUGUGAUGACGCUGUUAAUCGCAUUGUUGGUGAAAAGAGCCAAGACGGGUCUAUACAACGACUCUUCAACUAUAGCCUCCAUUGCUAGUCUGGCACAUCACCCUUCCCUACUCACUGAUUUCCGCGGUUUGGAUCCUGAGGCAACGGAUCGGGAGUUGGAUAAGCAACUUGGUCGUCGAAGAUAUGCACUUCGUGACUACCAGACGCAAGAGGGAACGUGGAGAUACGGGAUCGUGCCGAUAGAUGAAAGCGGUCGACCCACCCUGAUUCCUCAGUCAGCAUACGGGCAACCACUGUACGGUCAACAUGGUCAACAAUCAUAUUACUACCAGAAUACUCCCCAGUAUACCCCAGUGCCAAUAUAUCCGUCGAUGGAUACCCCGGCCUUCACGCCGGUAAAGCGGAAAUCGAGAGUAUUUCAAAACUUCAUGGACGCCGCCUUCAUACUGUUUCUACUCGGAUGCUUGGGUUUGAUUGUGGCAUAUUUCAAGGAGGGGUCGGACUCGGACUUCAAUCGCUUUUUCAAUAGUAAUCGCUUUGGCCCUCGGUUCGUGAUGACGGUCGUGGGCACCCUGAUUGCAGGCCAUUGGAAAAGACUGCACAGACGUGUCCAGUCGGUAUCAGCAUUUCGAGAACUCUGCAGUACUCCCCCGCCCGCUGCGAAACAGUCCAUUCUGAUACGAUCACACGCUAUACAUGUCACAUCUAUAUUUCCCCAACUCUUCUCACAUCACUUCUUCCCGGCUUUCAUCUCAUUCGUCAGUCUGCUUGCUGAUAUGCUCGUUAUCCUCCUCUCUAGUAUUCCCUUCGCGCCUGGCCAGGUGUUCCAGGAAUUACUUGCAUGCACCUAUUCAAGCAUUGGUAUCCUGUCAGUGAUGGUCUUAGCUGUUUUAGGGAUGUUUUUGUGGUACAGGCAAGUGCCAUAUUUGCCGCGGAAUCCCAGCAAUGUCGCCGGCAUCAUGAGCUACUUGACGAAUGAUAGCCUGAGUAAUGAGAUGGAAGGUUUAGAAGUGCGAAGUACACAGGAUAGGGAUCAAUUGGUCGCUAGCUGGAGUAAGAGUUAUUACUAUGGGAAAUCAAGAUGUAGUGAUGGUAUCGAGAGGUGGACCGUGACUGGGGUCAACUGAUAUUCUGGUGUACAAAUACUACUGGUAAUGACUGGUCAUUGAUUCUU